CUACAGAGUUCAUGAGGACAUCUUUGGCUUCCAACAUUGGCUGAAACACAAUGCUCAUUCCUGUCUUUUGCUCUGGAAAGUUGUAAGUCGCUCAUGUCUAUAAAGAGGAAGCAUGGCACAUGGAAUUCCUUCACAAGGCAAAGUUUCCAUUUCUGUGGAUGAAUACAGCUCAAAUCCAACCCAGGCAUUCACACACUACAAUAUUAACCAAAGCCGAUUCCAGCCUCCACACGUACACAUGGUCGACCCUAUUCCAUACGACACACCGAAACCAGCAGGCCACACACGGUUUGUCUGCAUCUCAGAUACACACUCCAGAACAGAUGGAGUCCAGAUGCCUUAUGGGGACAUCUUGCUUCAUACAGGCGAUUUCACCGAGUUGGGACUACCUUCUGAGGUCAAGAAGUUUAAUGAUUGGUUAGGAAACUUGCCAUAUGAUUACAAAAUAGUGAUUGCUGGGAAUCAUGAACUAACAUUUGAUAAGGAAUUCAUGGCAGACCUUGUAAAACAGGAUUACUACCGCUUUCCUUCUGUAUCCAAAUUGAAACCAGAGGACUUUGACAAUGUUCAGUCACUUUUGACAAACAGUAUUUACUUGCAAGAUUCUGAGGUAACAGUCAAAGGAUUCCGAAUAUAUGGCGCCCCUUGGACACCAUGGUUUAAUGGAUGGGGUUUUAAUCUACCCAGAGGUCAAUCUUUGUUGGACAAGUGGAACCUUAUUCCGGAAGGCAUAGAUAUACUAAUGACCCAUGGGCCUCCUCUUGGAUUUCGAGACUGGGUUCCAAAGGAGCUGCAGAGGGUUGGCUGUGUGGAAUUGCUAAACACAGUACAAAGGCGAGUAAGACCGAAACUCCAUGUCUUUGGAGGUAUCCAUGAAGGUUACGGCAUUAUGACAGAUGGUUACACAACAUACAUUAAUGCCUCAACGUGUACAGUCAGCUUUCAGCCAACCAACCCACCAAUUAUAUUUGACCUGCCAACCCCACAAGGAUCAUGAAAGACCACUACUCCACUGGGGAAGGUCUAUAAACUGCCAUUUUUCUAAUUACAAAACAUUCAUUCUCUUAACAUGUUUCUUUACAAAUAAUGUAGGGCUUUUUUGUAAAUUGUUGUUACAGAGGGGAAAAAAAGAUAGGGGUUGUGCUUUUUCUUUUCUCUCUCUCUCUCUCUCUUUCUUUUGGAAAUGCAGCAUCCAUUUGAAAAUUGAUAAAGCAUUGUGAAUUUGUAAAAUGAAGUUUUAUGUUCUCUUAAUUAACUUGCCAUUGUAAAUUGUUAAUGUUCUCAAAAGGACAGCCAAGCUUUCUUUUAAUGAGUGAGACACCUUAUUUUAAUAU